UCUGCCUUCGUCACAAACCUAACAAUGGUUGGUUUCAAACUGCAGGCCCCUGGUUGAUAGGUCCCACAAAGUCCAUCCCUUCAGAUUAUUAACCAGAAUUUGAGGUUCAUUUUCAAAUUCCCAGGGAAGAAAAUGUUUGACUAACUUUGGGCAGACACCACACUCUUCUGAUCCACUUAGCUGUUUUCAGGGGGCAGGACUGGAGAGCAAAACGGGGGCUGAGAAUACACAUGGAAUCUGAUAAAAUACGAAAGAAAUGUGGGAAAAGCCAAAAUUAUUCAAGAGGCAAAUUUCAGCCCAAAGGAAGGAAGAACUCCCAAGCUGUUGAUGUGCCACAACAAAAAUGAGCCAAUGCUGAGCUGAACACUACAGUAUUCCUCAGAGGUUGAUGGUCUAUGGAGAUAUCUUGAAGGCCAUGACUAAUUUGUGAUAAAGACUGGAAGGAGGGAGUAGAUUUCCCCAAAAAGUGAUACCAGAAGAAGAUAAUGACAUUUGUAUUCCCUUUCAAUGAAUGCAUAUUGGAUUGUUCAUCAAAAUGUGUGCUUUUCUGUUUCUUCUAGGCAUGAGUGUGAGGAAAGUUUGUUUAUAUUAGGAACUCCUGUUUCUUUGUUUUAAUUACCAUUCUUCUCACCUGUUUCCUUAUAGAAAUAUCAGCCAGAUGGAUCCAGGAAACCAAACUGGUGUCUUGGAAUUCCUCCUCCUGGGCCUCUCAGAGGAUCCAGGACUGCAGCCCCUCCUUUUUGGACUCUUCCUGACCAUGUACCUGGUUACCCUACUCGGAAACCUGUUCAUCAUCCUGGCUUUCAGCUCUGAUCCCCACCUCCAUACCCCCAUGUACCUCUUCCUCUGCAACCUGUCCUUUUCUGAUAUUUGUUUCAAUUCCACAAUAGUUCCGAAAAUGCUGAGGAACAUUCAGACACAGAACAAAAUCAUCACCUAUGCUGGCUGCAUCACCCAGACAUCCCUUUUUAUGGUUUUUGUGUAUUUGGAUAAUUUCCUCCUAACUGUGAUGGCCUAUGACCGGUUCGUGGCCAUUUGCCACCCCCUGCACUACAUGAUCAUCAUGAACCCCCACCUCUGUGGCCUGCUGGUUCUAAUCUCUUGGUUCCUCAGUGUCAUAGUCUCCUGUCUCCAUAGUCUGAUGUUGUUGAGCCUUUCAUUCUGUACACACACAGAAAUUUCACACUUCUUCUGUGGCUUUGCUGAGGUCCUCAAGUAUGCCUGUUCUGACACUCUCAGCAAUUACAUUGUGUUGUUUUCUGUGAUUGGUUCUCUAGGUGUUGUUCCUCUUGCUGGAAUUCUUUUCUCUUACUUUAAGAUUAUUUCCUCCAUAUUGAAAAUGUCCUCAGCUGGGGGAAAGUACAAAGCUUUUUCUACCUGUGGGUCUCACCUAACAGUUGUUUCCUUAUUUUAUGGUACAGGGUUAGGGGUAUAUGUCUAUUCUGCCAUUGUCCCCUCCUCCCCAAAGGGGGCAAUUGCCUUGGUGAUGUACACAGUGGUCACCCCCAUGUUGAACCCCUUUGUCUAUAGCUUGAGGAACAGGGACGUGAAUGGAGCCCUAAGAAAAGUUUUCAACAGGCCUUUCUUCUGCCUGUCAAGAGUCAUGGAUGUUGGGACUGGAGAAGUGCUAUGAUAAACAAAGUUCAAAACACUGGGAAUCAAAAACCUUGAAUCUUGGAUUUGUUUGACAGUGUACCCUAUGUCUCUUCUCCUGAAGCAUCAUCAUUUCAAUUUCUUCUGAGUUAUGCAUCCAAAAAUAAUGGCUUCAAGAACUUCCUUUAGUAACAUUUUACACAAAUAGCAACACACUAUAAACUGUUUAGCACCUUGUCCUUUUUCACUUAGCUACACAU